UUCUGUCUCUCUAGCAGUUUCCAUUAAUAUGUCUUCCUCACGCCGGCUGGUUUUGGUUCUUGGUGGUGCUGGAACUGUGGGCUCAGGGAUUGUGAAAUGUCUUCUAGAGAAAGGAUUUCAGGUUGCAGUUAUUUCCAGGGAUACAUCAAGGCUGGAGAAGCUAAAGAGUUUUGUGCCAGAGUCAAGCAGAGGAAACCUUCAUACCCUGGUUGGUGAUGUGGGUUCCGAGGAGGGAGCGCAGGAUGCGGCGGCUGCUCUGCUUAGCAGGGUGGGGAAAGUGACGGACGUGGUGUCUUCUUUGGGGUUCAGCUGGUGGCAAGGAGGUCCCCCACACACACAGUCGCUACAGGAACUGCAGAGGGUACUUGAGACCCUCCUGCUCAGCACAUUUACCGCAUGGAAAGCUUUCUUCCCUUUGGUGAAGGAUGAUCCAAAUGGCACCUACACAUUUAUCACAGGUGGAGCUGGAGAGCGUCUUUUGAUGCCUGGAACAGGGUUCCUAACCUUGGGUGCAGCAGGGGCGCUGGCAUUCUCUCAGGUGGUGCGUGAAGAAUAUCCUGAUGUCCCCUGCAAACUAAAUGAGGUGAAGAUUAACAUGGGAGUGGCUACCCCAGAUAGACUUGGACCUGGCUAUGUGAGUCACCUGGAGGUUGGGGAAGCCGUGGCAUCAUUGGUGGAGAAGAGAAGGGUGUCACACACUACAUUAUGCGCUAAUUCCACAGCCGACCUCAAAACACUUAUCUUAGAAGGAAAGCUAUGAGCUUUUGGGCACCCAGUGCUCCCUUGUGUACAUGACUACAGUCUUGCAAUACGCCCCUUACAUUCUCUCACACAAUAAUACAUUCAUUCAAAAAAAUUAAUAUAUCCAUUACUAGCUUAUUAUCAGCAUCCAUAAUAAAAAAAUAAAUAGGUACUUGUAAAAUUUGUUAUUCGGAUAUUCGCCUAUCAAAUGAAUUAUAAAUAUGACUGCAGGUAGCAGCAUUCGGCUAUUUUCAGUGCCGGAAUAUAUUAGUGUUGAAGUGCAACACACAAAGAUCUGGUUUUCUACAUUAACACUAAUAUAUUCGGAAAAAAAGUUGAAUGCUGCUACCUGUGGCCAUAUUUGGUAUUUGUUUGACAAACGAAUAUCCGAAUAACGACUUUUGCACAUACCUAUAAAGUGCCCAUAUCGUGACCAUACUUAGGACUGUGAUAUUCCUUCCUUUAAACAGAAUCUUUCCUCUAAUAACGUAACAUAAUUGACACUUGUGUUACACUGAUGCUCACAGUACUAAACUUCUAUAUUACGGUUUUCCCAUCCAAGUAUGGAGUCCAUGAAUUUCCCCUCCCCAGUUAUGAUAUCAAAAUCACUCCUCUACAGGUCACCAUAUACAGAUAAAGAGCUCCCUUCACUGCAAUUGCCUCAUUACAGCUCUCUUUGUGUGGAUUCCAUCUUUAUGUUUCUGGGUAUGUAUUAUGUUGUGGCACUUUAAUUGCUAAAAGAUUUGCUAGUAGAAAUCUCAUGGAGAAGUAUACAUUUUAGAUUUGAUUAAUAACAAUUCUAAACUGUGUUCAUGUCCCUGCACAGUAUAAUGUAUCCUGUUAAUGAACAUUUAAACACCUGUGUCCUACAAGAACGCUAAGACUACCUAGCAAAAAGCAGAAUUCCUAAUUCCUGUGUCAGGUUCCUAAGCAGGGAGGCAAAACUUCUAAGCACCAACCCACUUUCACACCUUCUUUUUGGGUAGCAUACUCAUUUUUCCUGCAAUAUCACAUUGCUCUUAAGCCUAAGGGGCCGAUUUAUCAUCGGUCUAUCUGACAUGAUCCGCUGUAGCGAUCAUA